GUCCGGCCUAUCGCCACCGUCCUUAAUGCGCAGGCGCGCAAAACGAAUAAAAGGCGUGCGCCGCAACCUGCGCGUGGGCUUAUCUCAACCAGCCACGCACCGAUGAACAUGUGGCAAUAAACGUCGCUUCGCCCCUGGAAACUUGUCUGCUCCUUCGCAUGAACCACGCAACACAACAACUGGCGACGAGGAUGGGAUUUGAAGACGUCGUUCUUCAGUUUGGAAGGCAAGUGUUUCCGAAAUUCACUCGGUGAAGAAGACUGUCUUUUUGCAGUUCACGGAGCCUGUGACUGUCGUCAUGACUGGGGCCGAGGCAGCAGUGACGCACUUCGCUGGGCGACUGGGCCAGCUGGAACCCUUUGACGAGUCCGCCAGCGAUUGGGCUUCGUACGAAGAGCGGCUUACGUCGUUCCUGAUUGUAAACCGAGUACCCGACGGCGACAAGGUACACGCCUUUUUGAGCAUUAUCGGUCCGAAGACCUACGGGUUGUUGAAGUCAUUAACAGCUCCAGAACUGCCUUCUACGAAGAGUUUCGAAGACCUCAAGAAAGUUUUGAGCGACCACCUGUCCCCGAAGCCGUCCGUCAUUGGAGAACGGGCCAAGUUUCACCGGAGGUGUCAACGAGAAGGCGAGUCCUUAUCUAGUUAUGUUGCCGAGCUUCGUAAACUGUCGCAAACGUGCGAGUUUGGAAGCGCCCUUGACGAGUCCCUUCGGGACCGCUUCGUGUGCGGCCUGCUACGAGAAGACAUUCAGCGAGUGCUUUUCACGGAAGAUAGCAAGCUUACGUUCCAGAAAGCGGUGGAGCGAGCUCUGGCAAUGGAAGCGGCUAAGAAGAGUGCUGCUGAGGCACGCGGCACCGACGCCGCAGUCGGCGAUGUGCACAAGGUGCAAGCAGAGACGCAGAAAACAUGCAAAAGCUGUUUUCGCUGUGGCUCGCCAAAACACACGAGUGAAGCAUGCCCUCACUUGGACGCAACCUGUUUCAGUUGCAACAAGAAAGGGCAUAUCCAGAGAGCCUGCCGAAGCAGUGGUAAGACUUUUUCUAAGAAAAAGCAGACGAAAAAGAAUGUGAAGAUGCUGACGGUUGUGGCGCGGAAAGCUUCGACCCUCAGUCUAAACGGCGUGUCGGCAGCUCAGAGCGACCCUGUCACCGUGCAGAUGACCAUCGACGGCGUCUUGGUGAACAUGGAGCUAGACACGGGAGCGGCUGUUUCCGUCAUGUCAAAGACGCAGUUCCGUCAGCUCUUUCCUUCGGCUGUACUGGAGCCUACGACAGUUAAACUUCGUACCUACACAGGAGCACUGGUACGACCCCAGGGAGUCUCUUCGGUCAACGUGCAGCACGGCGACCAUUCUGCAAUUCUCCCACUCUACGUCGUAGACCACAAGGGACCACCUCUACUGGGCCGGGAGUGGCUGCACGCCGUCCGGCUGGAGUGGGCGAAAAUCUGGAACCUGAACAACAUUACAAGGACCUUUGCUACCUCGGACACAGAAUCAGCGCACAAGGCAUAUCGGCAACGACGGAGAAGGUUGACGCACUCCUCAAGGCUCCAGCCCCUAAAGACAGGCAGCAGCUGCAGUCGUUCCUGGGAGUCGUCAAUUUCUACGGCAAGUUCCUUCCUAACCUAGCAACGGUGGCGC